CACGAUCCCAGGACUGAUGGCGUUGUCAAGGCAAUUCAGGAACUGCGCCAAGCCCAUAAAAUGGCAAAGGAGGAGCUUUGGAAGAUCGAAGCCGAAAAGGAAGCCUUGAAGAAAGAACUGGAUGAAUUAAACUCAGAAGAGACUCGUCUGGAGGAACUCUUGAAGUCCAAGCAGGAAAGCCUUCGCAUCCUUCAGCAGCACAACGGAGAAAAGGAAAACGAAAUCCUGAGAAAACAGGCAAGGGCUCAAGAUUCCAUACAGAAGAUAACAGAAUUGAAUUCUAAGAUUCAGGAGGACAAAGUAAAAAGGAAGAAACUGAGAAUGGAGUUUGAACAGCAGUUAGAGGAGCUAAUGGAGCAACAUAAGACUCUAUGGGAGUCACACACCGCAGAGAGACUUUCUCAAGAAAUCCACAACAUGGCCAGUACCAAGGAGCAGCUCCUGAAGGAGGAAAGGCUAGUUCAGGAGAAAUUGGAGGCCAUCGAGAAAGAACUGGCAAGGCUACCUCAAGCCAAGCAGGUCAGGGCUGAGGCUCUGGAUCUCAAUAGCGUGAGUGCCUUCCUCUGCAGUGAGGAGGCUGCUGCUGCUCUGUACCUGUUUGAGGAGGAAAACAAGAGUGCCAAGCAGCUCCUGGAGGCCUCCUUGAGGCAGUACAACCAGAUGUGGCAGAAGUAUCACAGGCUGAAGGUGGAGCUGGAAGCUGUUGGCCACAGUGGUAUCGGAGGGCUCAAGGGAAGUGUGACAGAGGCAGCUGCUGAAGGGGCCCCAGGAGAGCCUGUUGUGGAGCCCCCAGGGGCCUGGGAGAAGGAGCAGAAUAGAGACCUCAGCCCAGGGGAAAAGGCUACUUGCUAAGCCUCAUCUUUGUACUAGAAGCUCCCAGGGAGCUCACCUUCUUGUUCCAGGAAGGAGCUAUGCCCUGGUCUGCACUCAGCCUGGACAAUCAGGGGUUGGCCCUCCAGCCUCAUCUCAACAACGAGGGACCCUCUGGUGUGCUCUUCUGAAUAAAGA